AUGCCCUUGCUUCAGUCACACACCGGCUCCGGCUCAUCGUCGCCGCCGCCUUCCACGACGAGCCGCACCGGCAGCAGCGCAGAAGCAGCGACCGCUGGCAUGCCGCCGUCGCCGCCACGCAUCCUGUUUCUCGACGCGUACGACUCCUUCACCAACAACAUUGUCUCGCUGCUCCAGGAUGCGCUCGGCGCCGACGUCCAGGUCCAUGUCAUCCACAUGGACCUGCGCACGCUGCACUCGGAUCCCACGCCCGACUGGACCACGGAGCAAUUCUACGCGCGCCUGCCGUCAUUCGAUGCCGUGGUCUGCGGACCCGGCCCUGGGUCGCCGCUCUGCGCGGCCGACGUCGGCGCGUUUCGGCAUCUGUGGGAUCUGCCGCGCCGCAGCGCCAUUCCCGUCUUCGGCAUCUGCCUGGGCUUCCAGAGCCUGGUCGAGCACUUUGGCGGACGCAUCAGGAAGCUGAGACGGGGCCUGCACGGCAUGGUGAGGGCAAUCGAGCACAAGGGGCUGGAGCCUGCCGCGGGAUACGCCGACAUCUUUCAGAAUGUCUCCCCAUUCAAAGCGACGCUGUAUCACAGCCUGUGUGCAGAUAUCGGACAGGAUGAAAUUGAAGACGACCAGUGGCCCUUUGCAAAAUGGCAGACGCCGUCCAUGGCACAGGAUUUGAUUCCGCUCGCAUGGGUGACGGAGCUAGAGAACGACAAUGAAAGAGUGCUAAUGGGAGUCCGACACGCCAGCAUGCCGUUUUGGGGUGUCCAAUGUCACCCGGAAUCCAUUUGCACAGAUUCUAUCGCCGUCCAUGGUAUUUUACGCAACUGGUUCGACCAGGCGACAAAGUGGAACGAGGUCAAUGGCCGCAAGCAACAGACGUGGACCCUGCCGCUUGUGCACUCCGGUAGCCUCGAAUCGGCUUCAGCCAGCACAACUUCAACUACAUGUGGCCCUUCAGAGAGAGACUUGGCGGCGGCUCGGUGGUUGAAUGCGCUGCGCUCUGGGCCUGCCAGUCGAGGCACGAAACCUGGCUACGUUUGCCGAAAACUGAGACUGCCUGACGGCGUCGACGCCGCUGAUGUGGCCGAAAUACUUGGCCACGGCUCUAGCGAAGCUAUUCUGCUGGAUUCUUCCAGUGCCAAGAAUGGCGAUCCUCUGGCACGAAACAGCAUUAUCGCGCUGGAUGUUGAUGAAGCUACACGUCUGGAAUACCAUGUCCGCGACGACUACGCGACGUUCCGUCGUCCUGCUUCGAAAACUCCAGGCGGCCGCUCCGAAGAAGUGCAGGAGAUUUCGCUCGACGGCACGGAAGAUGACCCCAUGGCGGUGUAUCAAAUAAUGUCCGAAUACUGGAAGGCUAGGAAACUUGACGACACUAUGAACGAUGGCCUGCCCGCAUUCAAGGGCGGAUUUAUGGGCUUUGUUACGUACGAGAUGGGCCUCAGCACCCUGAGCCCUGGCGCAGUCUCUGCACAUCGUGGUCACCACCGGCCAGAUCUUGUCAUGGCUUGGAUUUCCAAUAGCGUCGUGCUCGACCACAAGACUAGCACCGCUUAUGUGCAAAGUUUGACGACAGAAGACUGUGACGGAAGUUGGGUUGACGGUAUCGUGGAGAAGCUGCAGAGCUCUGCGGUAUGGCACGAUCCCAGCUCUCGGCGCGCCGUCAGCCGCCCAAAGGCGACAUUUACUCCGGAAGAGUUGUGGGACGACGUAGCGGGAGGUGGAAUCGAUCGUUUGAGCAUUACCGUACCCGACUCGAAAAAGUAUGAGGCUGAUGUCCGAGAUUGCCAAUACGCCAUCAAAGAAGGCCAUUCAUAUGAACUGUGCUUGACAGCGCAGACAACCAUGACAAGGCCGCCCAUUGGAAACAGCAACAAAGAGCGCUCACCGUGGGAGAUAUACCGAACACUCCGCAGCAGACAGCCCGCUCCAUUUGGAUCGUUUAUCCGUCUGGGUGGUGCCACCAUCGUCAGCUGCUCUCCGGAGCGCUUCCUGUCAACAGACCGAGACGGUCUCUGCCGCAUGCGCCCGAUGAAGGGCACAGUGCGCAAGUCGUCCGCCGUGUCCACGCUCGCUGAGGCGGAGAAGAUUCUGCACAUCCCCAAGGAGGAAGCCGAGAAUCUCAUGAUUGUCGAUCUCGUGCGCCACGAUCUGUACGGCGUUUGCGGCCCGCGAAAUGUCACCGUGCCGGACCUGCUCAAGGUGGAGGAGUACGCCACCGUCUUCCAGAUGGUCACGGCUGUUCACGGGCAGCUGCGUCAGACGGACGGGCCCCAUGCCCUCAACGGCAUUGACGUGCUCGCGGCCACGCUGCCGCCGGGCAGCAUGACCGGCGCGCCCAAGAAGCGCAGCUGCGAGCUGCUACGCGUCAUCGAACCCGGCGAGCGCAGCGUCUAUUCGGGCGUCGUCGGCUACUUUGACGCGCAGGGCCAGGGUGACUGGAGCGUGACGAUUCGCACCAUGUUCCACUGGGACGAUGAGACGGCGCCCGGCGAGAAUGGCGAGACGGAAGAGCGCGAGGUCUGGCGCAUCGGCGCGGGUGGCGCGGUCACCAUUCUGAGCACGCCGGAAGGGGAGAGGGAGGAAAUGUUUACAAAGCUGUUUGGUCCCCUCGGCACAUUUAGAGACGCGGCAUAA